AACAGACAGGAGAUGAUAAAACUGCCUGGCCGGUGGUGAAGGUCCAUUCUGCAAGCCACCCCGUGUGCGGCUAAGUGGACAUGCGUCCUCAAGAUGCCCCACUGCUGGCUGUGGUCCUCAUCCUGGGGCUGUGCACCCUAGCGGGGGCUGAGAAACCUUCCCCCUGCCAGUGUUCCCGGAUGAGCCCAGAACAUAGGAAGAACUGUGGCUUCCCGGGCAUCACCAGUGAACAGUGCUUCGAACUUGGCUGCUGCUUCAGCUCCAGUGUUGUUGGGGUCCCCUGGUGUUUCCAUCCUCUGCCCAAGCAAGAGACCCAGGAGUGCGUCAUGGAGGUCUCGGCCCGCAAGAACUGUGGCUACCCGGGCAUCAGCGCUGAGGAAUGCGCCUCCCGGGAGUGCUGCUUCUCCAACGCCAUCUGGCAAGUGCCCUGGUGCUUCUUCCCUCAGUCCGUGGAAGACUGUCAUUAUUAAGAGGCACCGAGGCGCAGGCUGUGGAGGGCCUGCCCCGCUCGCUUGCUGCUGCAGAACCGGAGAAGAAAGCUCGCCGUCCAGCUUCAGGUCUCGCAUGUCCCUGGGUUUCCUCCAUGGUCCUCUGAUCCUUCCCCAAGGCUCCAUACACAGCUGCUUCCAAUAAAGAAAAACCCCUUCACUCUG